UGUAUAAUAAUAACAAUCCUUGUCACGGUUUUGGAGGGCAUCUUGACUGGUGGGUAAAAAUUCACAGUAUAUUGAAUUCUGAACAAUUUAUUGAUAGCAAACUAAAAAUUCUAAACAGAGGAUUGCAUGAACCAAAUUUGAAGGAUGUAGCUGUGUUAGAAAGCGUUACAUAGGUUGCGUCAUUAUGGCUCCUGGUUGCGUUUAUUAAUUUCCAUGCAUUUGUCUAUGAUGUUUUCCACAAACUUGUACGCUGCUUACAAGCUCACGCCACUUUGAAUUUUGUUAGAUUCAAUUCUCUUACAUUGCCUAAUAAAUGGGCAGGGAUAUGAGGGGUUGGCGGGGGGAGGGGGGGCUUUUUCUGAGGUAACUUGCGGGCGCGGGGCGAAUGUUUUUCUUAGGUAAUCAAGGCAGACGAGACACUUCGCACAAGAUACAUGAACAAUCGUGAAUAAGGUGAGACUGGGUCGAGAAGAAAGGCAACAUGGCGGACAAGAACGAGGCCGAUGUUUCUUACAGUGCUCUGUAUUCCGACCUUCCACACCAUGUUAAGCAUAAAUUGAAAGGACUUGGCCUUCAGCCUUUAAACUGCUCAGCUAAGAGCUAUGUGACUUCAUUUAUGGAAAGAAUGGUACAGAAUAAUAAAACUGACUUGGAAAAAAUGCAUCGUGACCCAGUGAUGCUGGAUAAACUCAACAGAAACAAAAACAAAUCCAAUAAGAAACCAAAGAGAAAAGAAAUGUCUGCAAGAGAGAAAAGGAUUCGUGGGAUUUACAAGAUUUCACCCAAAAAUCAAAGGUAUGACAUGUAUCUUCCUCUUCAUGAGCUGUGGAAAGGCUAUAUGCAAGAGCUGUUAAACUUAACUCCAAACAGUAAUUUAAAAGUUGUGUAUCCUAAACUUCUUCGAGCAGACUACCAUGGAUGUGUUCUCAGUGUGAGCCGCUCAAAAUGUCCAUCGUACGUGGGAACAUGUGGUAUCUUGCUGCAAGAAACAAAGAAUGCCUUCAAGAUUAUUACAAAAGACGACAAACUUAAAAUGAUUCCCAAAGCAAACAGCGUGUUCACAUUUGAGCUUGGAGGAUUCGUGUUCACGAUUCAUGGAAAUCAUUUCCGAUACAGAUCAAGUGAACGAUCAGCCAGGAGAUUCAAACCUAAACCCACAACAGACUUGUGAUUUUGUUGCUUGGAGCGAGAUUGGUUUAUUCCAUGGAUUGACGGCGGACAGAGCAAGAUGCAAUCACUGAGUGAUGCAGUCCUGUGAAAUAGCGCAUUCUUCCCUGGUGUCAAAUGAAAGCCUUCACUGGGUCGUUUGUGAAUAACAUUUAAAUACAAGGGACUAACAAGAAUGAUGUAAGAACUCGGAACAUGGCGCUGCAACUCAGAGAAGUAGCGUUUAUUGGCUGCGAAAUGUUAGCGAAGUUUUGGAGCAUGGCAGCGGAUAGUGGAAUUAAUUGUUACCUGCGAGUUUCUCUUCCUCGAUGACAAUCGCCUCGAAGAGUUUUGGUAGAGAAGUAAAGAAAAUAAAUCCCUACCACGUAUUCCA